AUGCGCCGUGGAUUGAGUUUGAUAUUGGCCGCAGCGGCUGUAUUGGCCGCGCUAUGUUUGGCCCAGGCGCUGCCUCACUCUAGACUGAACGUACUUAGAAAUCUUCUAAAGGAAGAGGCUGAUCAACAGGAGCUCGAGACUGCCAAGCGGGCGCUGAAUAUUAAACAAGGAUCGGGUGUUUGGCCUCUUUUUGACUUCGGAAGAGGCCGCCCUAAAAGUGAGUCUCUGAGCGAACCCAUUAACGAUGAAAGUCCCCAGGUUGAAGAGAACCCUAAGCACCAUGGAAGUGAAGAUGAUGACGAUGAGGAAGAGGCACCUGACCAUCAUGGAAAUGAAAAUGAUAACGACGAUGAAGAGGAACCAAACCACCAUGAAAGUGAAGGUGAUGACGACGAUGAAGAGGAACCAAACCACCAUGUAAGUGAAGGUGAUGAUGACGAUGAAGAGGAACCAAACCAUCAUGUAAGUGAAGGUGAUGACGAUGAUGAAGAGGAACCAAGCCACCAUGUAAGUGAAGGUGCUGACGACGAUGAAGAGGAACCAAACCACCAUGUAAGUGAAGGUGAUGACGACGAUGAAGAGGAACCAAACCACCAUGUAAGUGAAGGUGAUGACGACGAUAAAGAGGAACCAAACCAUCAUGUAAGUGAAGGUGAUGACGACGACGAAGAGGAACCCAACCAUAAUGGAAGUGAAGAUGAUGACGAUGAUGAAGAGGCACCAAACCAUCAUGUAAGUGAAGGUGAUGACGAUGAUGAAGAGGAACCAAACCACCAUGUAAGUGAAGGUGCUGACGACGAUGAAGAGGAACCAAACCACCAUGUAAGUGAAGGUGAUGACGACGAUGAAGAGGAACCAAACCACCAUGUAAGUGAAGGUGAUGACGACGAUAAAGAGGAACCAAACCAUCAUGUAAGUGAAGAUGAUGACGACGACGAAGAGGAACCAAACCAUCAUGCAAGUGAAAAUGAUGACGACGAUGAAGAGGAGCCAAACCAUAAGGGAAGUGAAGAUGAUAACGACGACAAAGAGGAACCAAACCAUAAUGGAAGUGAAGAUGAUGACGACGACGAAGAGAAACCAAACGAUAAUGGAAAUGAAGAUGAUGACGACGAUGAAGAGGAACCAAAUCACCAUGUUAGUGAAGGUGAUGACGACGAUGAAGAUGAACCAAACCACCAUGUAAGUGAAGGUGAUGACGACGAUGAAGAGGAACCAAACCACCAUGUAAGUGAAGGUGAUGACGACGAUGAAGAGGAACCAAAUCAUCAUGGAAGUGACGAUGAUAACGAUGAUGAUGAUGAACCAAUGCAUGGUUCAAUAUCCGACGACGACUUAUCUGAACGCGAGAAAGCUGCUGUUGAGGUGAUUCGUUCUAUUCAUAACUAUGUCAGACAGGAACAAGAAAACAUUCUUGAGUGGCUUGAGUCAGGCGACAUCAUGAAGGCGGUCGACACUGUCUAUAACACUGUACACGAUCUUGAAAAACUAGAAGUAUUCCUCCAUCAUGAAAUCAACAGCGCCAAAUUCGGUUUGCUCAAUGCCCUCCGUGCUGCGUAUGAAGGCGGUGAAGGCGGUCAACAAGAAGGCCAGGACGGACAGUCAGGCGGGUCAAUCGACCUCGACCUAUCUACCAGUGAGAAAAAGCGUCAACUUCUGCAGCUGCUGUCGAAGACUAUGAGGAAAUGACCGAAUGACAAAAACAAAAGAGGCAAGAAUGAUGAAAACGCUGAUCGACUUCUACGAAUAUAGCCACUUGUAAAACUUGUAUAUAGUUGUCUCACAGUGAUGAUGAUGAUGAUGAUAAUGACAAUUAUGAUGAUGAUGAUGAUUUUUCUUCUUCUUCUUCUUCGUCUUAUUAUAAUAAUAAUCAUUAUUAUUACAAGUAGUAGUAGUAUAUGAUAAACAGAACAAAAUUAUUUUUAAAAUUAUCUUUACUCUAUUGGUAACGAAAAAAUGGUUGAAGAAAUGUGUAAAACGAUAUUGCCGAUUAUAGGAACUGUAAAA